CACAAACACUUGCGCAUAUACGAAUACACACAAGGAGAAAAGUUCGGCAACUUGAUCUAAGUUGGAUUGUCAAAUGCAUUCCAGGAGGCGAACCAAAUAUUAUUAAGCAGGAUCGGCGGAAAAGAUAAACGGUUUACGCAAACACACACACACGGAGGGACAAACAUAUAUUUAUACAGUUUAUGUAGUUUAUACAUAACACAUACAGUAUAUGCAUAGCUUUUGCCCAUCAUCUGAGCUAAAAUGGAUUCAGAAGAAAAUCUAAUCACAACUGAAACUGUCACAACUGAAGUUGUGGUGAAGACGGAAGAGUCAGAAACGUCAGAAAAUACAACGACGAUUAUCAUUCCACAGCCGGAAGAAAAAACUGUGGUACAGGUAACCACUACGCAAGAGACUGUAACUGUGGAAAAAAAUGUGGAAGUUGAAGAGAAUGAAAAUCUCGAAGAGGAAAUAAAACUAGAAGAGAAAGAGGAUGCUGAAAAGACCGCAAGUGGUACGCAGAAAGCUGAUCUCCAUAUUGUCAUUAACCAAGAACCGACUUCAGCAGAAGUUCAACAGGUUCAGUGCGAUGCGAAACAGGUCUUAGAGACCAUGGUUGCAGAAGGAAUUAAAAAAGAGAACAACCUAGUAAAAGCUAUCCUGGUGACUAUUUUCUGCUGCCUUCCGUUAGGAAUUGUGGCCAUCAUUCAAGCUAACAAGGCGAACACUGAACUCAAGAAUGGAAAUUUAACAGAAGCCGUUAGAAGUAAUGAAUCUGCCAAGAAGUUUAUCAAAUAUGGUCUUAUAAUUGGCUUGCUGUUUUCAAUUAUCAUAAUCAUCGUGAAGGUGGCAAUAUAAAAUGUUUGCUAAUUAGCAACGUCUCAACAGUAACCAUUACUUAUAGCUCUGAUAAAACUACAAUGCUUACUGAUACCAUUGAAUUCAUGUGAUACAACUCACUGUUACCCCAAUAGCAAGAAAUCAACCAACGAAAAUAAAAAAAAAAAAAUAAAAAUCAAACCAAAAAAAAAAAAACACUCCA